UGUUUGUGCGGACGCAUUGUAUACACAAAAAAGUUAAGAGCCUAAUCGAAGAAAGAACCUUGAAGAUGGCUUGUCGAUUGAAUUCACUUAUCAGAAUUAAAAAGCUUAUAGAACAACCUUUAAAGAGGCAUUUUUCUACAACCCAGGCUACAACAGCUUUAAGAGUUAAGGAGACUGUUUCUAAAGAAAUCACUGUGAUCGAGGGCGAGAAAGUAGACUCAGGCUGGGAGGGGAAGAUUCUGAAGACAGCUGAACUGAAGAAUGACGCAUGUCCAAUCUGCCGUUUAAAUGUAGAAAUUAAGUAUACAGAUGUUUUAAUACUUCAACAGUUUUUGAAUGAUAAAGGUGGACUUCUUCCUAGGAGAGCUACUGGAGUCUGUCAGAAAUCCCAAAAUGAAUUACAAACAGCAGUCCACAAAGCCCAGCGUGCAGGACUGAUGCCACAGUUCAGACCACCACCAAAAGAAGGCAGACCAAGGAAAUUCCCAGUAUCUAACUUCAAGUGGAAAAGGUUUCCAGCAUAUUAUGAUGAUUAAUUGAUUAACAUUAAUAAAAUAAUUUUAUUUAUUUA